AAUCCACAAACAACAGGUUUCAUGUGAUGCAAAUCUCUAACCCUUUCCGAUAUUACGGAAGAAAAGAUCGCGGAAGGAGCUAUUAGAUUGCGUGUUGUGAUUGCUCUACAUCUAUCUGGCGUUCAUCUAGGAAUACUAUCAAUGGUUAUUCACUGUGGCAGAUCAGAAAUCUUCCUGGAGUAAUAUUUUGUCCAUGUGGAUGAUAAUUUCAGUGUUCUCACGCGAUCCAGAAGGUCUUGGAUAGCUUGACCUAUUUCGACCGAGUCACAAGAAAGCGGCAGAGGCUGCUUGUUGUGAAGCUACAAGUCAGACAGGGAAUUGUCCUACCCCCAUCAUGGAAUUGGAACUUUAUCAGCCUGACUAUGCAAUGGAAAACGUGGAGUUUUUCCCCACUGAGUCAAAGAAACGUAAAUUCACAGGGCAACCCAUCGCCCGAUCUGCGAAGGUAACCUACGAUCCAAAGCUGACAAAGGAAAUUGGCCGCCUUCAAACAAUGUUUUCCUCUGAUUCUCAUGAAGAUCGCCGGGUACCAACACUGCAGAAGGUUCCGUCCAUAUCUGAUCUCUCAGAUGAAAGUCUUGAUCUACCCUCCUCCCAAGUCCCCCCUCUCACCCCUGGCACCACACAGAAAAUGUCACAGGCCCUAAUUGAGAGCUUCAAGGCUUUUGAGAAGGAACAAACUAGACUCAAUAUUCCAAAAGAUCCCAUGCAGUGGUCCCCCCUCCAUGUGGUGCAGUGGUUGAACUGGGCAGUGCAGGAGUUCAGCUUGGAGGGAAUUAACAUGGCCAACUUUGCGGUGAAGGGAGCUGAUCUCUGUAAAAUGGAAAAAGAAGAAUUCCUUAGUCGCUGUCCACCAUUUGUUGGCGAUAUCUUAUGGGAACAUUUAGACAUUCUACAGAAAGAAGUUGCUCAAGAGAGGUCACUGUUGUGCAACGUACCACCAAAUUACAGUGAGCCAGUUUGCAUGCCCGAGUUUGGUGAACGUUAUCACCAGCACAAUCAGCAAAGUUACAGCAGCUCUGAAGGUGGCAGCGUUCCGCCGGUGUCCACGUCUCACAGCUACAUGGAAGGUUCCUACCCGAUCUCAGAGUCUCUGCAGACACUGAAUGACAUGAGCAGCGGAGGAGGAGGAGGGGGCAGCUAUGAGGACACAUCAGACUAUCAGAGUCUGGAACACAGCAGCUACUACGACCAGAGCCCUACUGAUUUCUACCCUAUGAUGCCUGAGCAGAAGUUCCGCCCACCCACCAGUCUACACGCCAAGAACCUGUGUCGAGGCCAGUACUUGCCCGACACUCCACCACAGGACUACUAUGACCAGCAGUCCUACCAAACAGUGCCCAGCAUAAAAACAGAGAUCCCCUGGUCAACACAAGAGUAUGGCCAAGAUGUCAGUGACAGCUGGUCAGGAAGUGACCAUCGCUCUAGCCUGCCUCCUGUUGGUUUCCGAAACAUCCAGUCAGGAGGUUCUGACUCUGGCAGUGUAGACACAGGGAAACCCAUGAUCCAGGCAGCAGCCCUUGCAGGGUACUCAGGAAGUGGCCCAAUCCAGUUGUGGCAAUUUCUGUUGGAGCUUCUCACAGACAAGUCAUGCCAACACUUCAUCAGCUGGACUGGAGAUGGCUGGGAAUUCAAACUGGCAGAUCCGGAUGAGGUAGCACGGAGGUGGGGAAUCAGAAAAAACAAGCCAAAAAUGAACUAUGAAAAAUUAAGUCGUGGGUUGCGCUACUAUUAUGACAAAAAUAUCAUUCAUAAGACGGCAGGAAAACGCUAUGUGUAUCGCUUUGUGUGUGACCUCCAGAGUCUGUUGGGCUACACUCCAGAAGAACUGUUUGAAGCAUGUGAUAUCAAACCACAGAAGGACAAGGAUGAUGACUGAAAAGGAACACAAAGGUCAUUUGUGGCAGUUUUGACCUAUCAAGGACACUUUUGUGAUCUCAAGGUCAAGGUUACAGAUUUGACUUUGGCAGCAGAAACUGAGAAAGGAUGUUGCCUGAAGGCAAAACCACUGUUACCCAAGGUCAUUCACUGACAUUUGACCUCACCAGGUCGGCCUAAUUUUAUAAAAUGGCAGAUAAGUUUUGAAGGUUUCUGUACAGCUGAUUGUCACUGAUUUAGUGAUCACUAGAUAUGUAUGUGUAUAAAAGAGAGGCUAGCAUCUUAUGCUGGACAGUUGUGGAUAAGUUGUUAUUUGAUGGUUCAAUAGAUUUACACAGCUGCUUGUACUGUUUGAUCCAGGCUGAACCCAAGUACAGAAAACAAUGAUGGAAAGAAAAUACAUGUGUCAUUACAUGAUGGCACUGUACAAGGAUCACAUGCUUCUGUGUACAUGUGCAGCUCACAGAGACUCAUACCUUGAAGUGCUGAGCUUACCCAAUUUCAUCAAAAUGACUGAAACAGAUAAUAAACGUUUCCAGUGUGUAAACAGCCCACGGCUGCUAAAGACAUGUUAAAGUGCCUAAACUUUGUUAUUUGCUUGAUUAAACCGCCCAGAGUUAUGUUGUGGAUACACCUGGGGAUUGGGGGAUCUGAAGGUUGUGUCAAGCAUGGUCUGUGGAGGGGUGCCUGGGGGGUUCAGAAACCCUCACAUAGUGCCAUCCGACACCCUAGCAGCACUUGCUCUAGACACCUCAUGCUGGAUUCAGCAUUCAGAUUUUCUUGUUACAUAUUGUGCCAAUUGUGGACUAAUCUUGGGAUCAAAUCCAGCUAAUUUGUUUGUCCAAGUGCUCUUGUGAAAAUAAUAAAGUUAAUGUCAGUCAUAUACUGAAUAAAUGUAGCAAUUUAUUUUUGAUGUUCAAGAAUGAUAUUUUAAUGUUGUGUAUUUUUUCAGUCUUUUCAACAGAAUGAAUAUGUGUAUAUAAAUGACUACAAAGAAACAUGUUGAACAAAUAUUUUCAUACUUAAAAGGUAAUGUUGUAUUUUUAUAUUAGAAAUUGAUCAAAGUUUACUCUUUACUGAUUUGAUGGCAUUCUUUGUUGCCUUAUGGAUAUGUAUCCUAACACUUUAGUGUAAUUGUGUGAGUGUACCUUUGUCAUUUGACAAUAGUCCUGUUAGUAAGUAAUUUGAUAUGCAGUCAUAUUUAACUGGACUUUAAAGCAAUAUUUGAUUUAUUACAUGUUUGCACAUGAUAUUCCGAAAUUUAGAAGUAAAACACACCAGCUUCCAAGUUAUUUCCAUGCUGCUCUAAUCCCAGUGUUGAACAUGACACAGUUGUCCAAUAACGCAUUUGUGGAUAUGUCUCAUUUGGUUUGUGUAAGCCGACUGAAUUGAGUGUUUUCUACAACUACCUAGUCUCACCCAUGUGUUCCGUUGCCAUUCAGAUAUUUCUUUGCUACCUUUACACACUAUUUUAUAUGCUUUAUGCAGUGGAAGAAUAUUGAGACUGAGACCAGCCUUUUCCUCUGGUGAGCUGUGCUAUGUUGAGUGGAGCUACUCACCAAACCACACCCAUGGACAGAGAUAAUGAGUUGUGCUAUGUUGAGUGGAGCUACUCACCAAACCACACCCAUGGACAGAGAUAAUGAGUUGUGCUAUGUUGAGUGGAGCUACUCACCAAACCACACCCAUGGACAGAGAUAAUGAGUUGUUGGCAGCAUGUUUCAUUUGUGCCGAUAUUUUUUCACCUUUUCAAAAAUAUUCCCAUGCAUAAAGUAAAACUGCAAUAUGCUUGAUGCUGAACAAGGCAAUAUUUUUAAACUUUGCAGUUAUAUCUUAUAUUUUGAUAGCCUUGAACUUAUGGUCCUAAAUGGUGCUUCAAUCAUGUUCUUUUACCCCAAGAUGGGGUUUUUACGGUGACUUGUAUUGUGAGCUGAGAUUUCCAAGUGCAUUUACUGUUAACAUCCCAUGUAAACAUCAUUGUUGUUAUUGUUGUUUUCUUUGAAACUCUUAUCCAGAGUAGGUUAUGUUCUAGUUUUAUCAAGUUGUUAUUUCUGACAGUUUUAUUUGAUUGGGUGGUUGAUCUGAUUGGUUGAUUGAGAUUUGGAGGAAUCUGUGAAUGUCUGUAGAAGUUGAGGUAACAUGGAUUGACCGAUAAAUGAGUUAGUGAGUGAAUAAAUGAAUGAAUGUUGUCGAGUGGGGAAAUCACAGUAUGUUUUAAAAA